AUGCGCCUCAAGGUAGAUCUAGACACUAUCUUAAAGCCGUGGUUUAGGGUGCUUAGUUUGGCGCAACAGUCUCCUCCAUCCUGGUAUCGGGACCGAAUCCGCGAGGAACUGCAAGAACGCCGUAUCGCAAAAAGUAAGCUGCACAAACUCAGCGAGACUUCAGACGUUCUUUUUGCUAUCAGCCGAGCGAGGUACGAUGGAUUCCCUGUCCACAAGCUACCUCCUUUCACUAUUCAGCAUUUCCCCGUCUACGCCUACAUGCUGGCAAAGUACAGUUCCCGUUGGGGGUUCUAUCGCAUGGCGGCCGUUCUUUGCAAAGCUCCUCAAUAUAACUUAGUGCGCGAAGUGGUUAACCCCAGCAAAGAUCACAAACUCAACGAGGUUUCCUCCCGUCACAAUCUAAAUCAAGAAGAAUUUAGACGGGUCGGUCGGAGACUGCGGGGAUUCUGGCCUCUACUCCCGUAA